GCAGACCCAGAGCCCGAGCGCGCCGCGCACACGCGCCGGUCCCUACCUGCGCGGCCGAGCCUGCCACGCCGCUGGCUCACCUGCCCCGCCUUGAGCCUGCCGGCCCUCACCCACCCGGCCCCUUGCCCGCCCUUUGCCCUGCUGCCUGCCCUGCCGGCUCCGAGGGCGUGCCUGGGCCGCCGCCCAUCCGUGCAAGGCUCCCUCCUAUCGCCCUGGAGCUGCCGCCGAGGGCCAGGAGGGCGAGGAGCAGCACCUGGAAGAUGCGCCCCGGGGCUGCCGGCAUCCUGAAGGUCGUGCUCCUCUUGUUCGCCUCGGUGUGCGCCUGGUAUUCCGGGUAUCUGCUGGCAGAGCUCAUUCCCGAGGGGUCCCUGUCCAGCGCUGUGUACAGCUUCCAGAGCAUCGGUGACAGGCCUGUCCUCAAAGCUCCAGCCCCGAAAAGGCAAAAAUGUGACCACUGGACACCAUGUCCUUUGAACACCUAUGCCUACCGGUUGCUCAGCGGGGGCGGCCGGGACAAGUUCGCCAAAAUCUGCUUUGAGGAUGAGCUGAUCAUAGGAGAAAAGACAGGAAAUGUUGGAAGAGGAAUAAAUAUUGCCGUUGUCAAUUAUGUGACUGGGAAAGUGAUAGCAACACAAUAUUUUGACAUGUACGAAGGUGACAACUCUGGGGCGAUGACAAAGUUUAUUCAGAGUGUGCCUCCCAAGUCCCUGCUCUUCAUGGUGACCCAUGACGAUGGCAGCAGCAGACUAAAGGAGGAUGCUAAGCAGGCCAUACAAGCACUUGGAAGUAAAGAAAUCAGAAGCAUGAAGUUCAGGUCGAGCUGGGUAUUUCUUGCAGCAAAAGGCUUUGAACUUCCUGCUGGAAUUCAGAGAGAAAAGAAACCGGGGUUGACACACACAGCUUCCCAUGUGGAGGACUCGGCCGCACGGCCAAGGAGCGAGACCUCCUGCUAG